AUGGUCGGAGUUAAACGCCGUGUCGACGCCGGCGAAGACCGCAAUGGGAAGCGGACGAAGACCAAGACCGCCGUCCCGUCGAAGGGCAAGUCCGCGCCGGUGAAAGCCCAGAAGAGCUCGAAGAGCGCACCGAAGAGCAAGGAAUUGAAGUCUGGAAAGAAGGACAAGAAGGUCUUGAAGAAGAAGCCCGUAGAGGAAUCAGAGGACGACGAGAUCUCUGAUGAGGAUGAUGAUUUCGAUGUCGAUGAUGUCGACGACUCAGAGAUUGAGGACGUCGAGGAGGAGGAUGUUGAUAUGGAUGACGUUGACGAGGAAGACGAGGAUGAGAGCGAUGAGGAGGUCGAGGUCAAGGAUAAGAAGAAGGUGAACCCGAAGGCUCAGGAGAAUGAGGAGGCGAAGAAAUCCACCUCUCGUGAAUCGCACAUCAAACAAAAAGCCCUCCAGCAAGAGCGGAAAGCCGCGAAGCCCAACGCCGACCAGAUUGCCCGAUCCAAGAAACUAUGGGAGCGCUUACGCCGCAAGUCGCAUGUCCCUCUAGAGGAGCGCAAGAAGCUGAUCGCAGAGCUUUUCGACAUCAUCACUGGCCGAGUAAAGGACUUCGUCUUUAAGCACGACUCUGUCCGUGUUAUUCAGACGGCGCUGAAAUACGCCAACACCGAGCAGCGGCAUCAGAUCGCGCGCGAGCUGAAGGGUAGUUACGUUGAGUUGGCGCAGAGCAAAUACGCAAAGUUCCUGAUUGGCAAACUGAUCGUACACGGCGACUCUGAAAUCAGGGACCUGAUUAUUGCUGAGUUCUACGGCAAGGUCAAGCGCCUGAUUCGACACCCUGAGGGAUCAUGGAUCCUCGACGAUAUCUACCGGACAGUGGCAACUAAAGAGCAACAAGCGCACCUGCUGAGGGAGUGGUACGGCGCUGAGUUCGCCAUCUUCCGAGAUAACAAGAAGGACCAGAAACCCACCGCAGACCUCAAGACAAUCCUCGAAGAAGACCCCGCCAAGCGCUCCCCCAUUAUGCACUUCCUCCUCGAGCUCAUCAACCAGCUCAUCCAGAAGAAGACCACCGGAUUCACAAUGCUCCACGAUGCCAUGCUCCAGUACUUCCUCAACACGAAACCCGGCACCACCGAUGCCACCGAAUUCAUCGAACUCAUCAAGGGCGACGAAGAAGGCGACCUCGUCAAGAACCUCGCAUUCACCAAAUCCGGCGCCCGCCUCAUGUGCCUAGCCCUUGCCUACUCAUCCGCAAAGGACCGCAAACACCUCACCCGCUUCUACAAGGACACAAUCAAGAUGAUGGCCGGCGAUCUGCACGGGCACCUCGUCCUGCUCGCCGCAUACGAAGUUAUCGACGACACAAAGCUCACGGCGAAGCUCGUCUUCCCCGAACUCCUGAACCAAUCCAUCGCCGACGAGGAAGCCCGCAACGAGGAACUCCUCUACCAGGCCACGGACCUGACAGCCCGCAUCUCCAUCUUAUACCCCUUCGCCAGCGACCCAGAGAACGCCAACGCCAAGAGGCUGAAGUGGCUCCUGCCUGAGCAGGACUUUGCCGUCCUCGACGAGAUCCGCGACAUCCGUAAGGAGACGUCGAAGAAGGAUCCCGCUGUCCGCCGCUCAGAGCUCAUCAAGGCCGCCUCCCCGACACUCCUCGACUUCAUCACCGCCCGCGCAGACACCCUCCUCACCAGCAGCUGGGGCUGCCAGUUCCUUUCGGAAGUCCUCUUUGACGCUGACGAGGCCAACGGCAAGAAGCCUGAGGCUUUAUCCGCCGUCGCGGCCGCGGCAAAGUCCUCCGAGGCAAAGGACUCGGCGUUCUUCGGCCGGAUGCUGAAGUCGCUUGUGCAGGGUGGACGGUUCAACGCCGCUGAGAAGAAGGUGGAGAAGGCCGACCCGCCGCUCGGCUUCGGGGAUCUACUGUAUGAGCAGAUCAGUGGUGAAAUCGUGGCGUGGGCCACAGGGUCAAAUUCUUAUGUCGUUGUUGCGCUGGCGGAGAGCGAUGACUUUGCGAAGAAGGCUGAGCUCCUUAAGGCGCUGAAGAAGGGGAAGAAGGAGCUUGAGAAGGCGAGCAAGGGCGAGAAGGGGCCUGCUGCAUCUGGGUCGAAGUUGUUGUUGGAGAAGAUUUAG